CAAAAUUACAAAAACCCUAGACCAGCUUUACAUCACAUCCCAAUUGAAUAGCGGGCAUUCAUUGUAUUUGUACAUCAUUGUCUCUUUAUAUAAAUCAUUCUGGGCCAAAACCCACCACCAAAUACUGGUCUUCUAUUGGUGAAUCUGAGCACCACCAACCAUCAGUCUCUUUUUCUGUGUAGCUUCAUUAAUAUAGAGAACCUUGGAGAUCUUUCCCCUCACAGUCUAGAUUCUGAGUGCUCUAAAUUCGUCUGCUUGGGUGGUUCCCUGGUUUGUUUAGAAGCAUUAACGACCUUGUUUGAUCAUCAAUUUGUCAUCCUCAGUCUCCAGUAGUCCCGUUUCGGCAUGGAAGCGCAACAUUCUGGACACGGGCAUAUAUUUGAAGUGCAUGGAGAUGUGAAAGAUAUUGAGUCAAGAUUGCGUGGUAGCAAGAUUUGUACUGAAGCACCAUGUGGAUUUUCAGAUCCUAAUAACAGUUCCAAAGAUGCUAAGGAACGGUCAGCAUCAAUGCGGAAGCUUUUGAUAGCAGUUGUGCUCUGUGUCGUUUUCAUGACUGUGGAAGUUGUUGGGGGUAUCAAAGCCAAUAGUCUUGCUAUUAUGACUGAUGCAGCUCAUCUAUUGUCAGAUGUUGCAGCAUUUGCAAUUUCCCUGUUCUCACUGUGGGCAUCAGGAUGGGAGGCAACUCCACGCCAGACUUAUGGCUUCUUCAGAAUUGAAAUACUCGGUACACUUGUUUCCAUCCAGAUGAUAUGGCUUCUUACUGGGAUCCUUGUCUACGAAGCCAUUGACAGACUCAUCUAUCAGACCGGUGAAGUUCAGGGCUUUCUCAUGUUUGUUGUUUCUGCGUUUGGUUUAGUGGUUAAUAUUGCUAUGGCAGUCUUGUUGGGUCACGAUCACGGCCACGGCCAUGGCCAUGGGCAUGAUCACGGUCACGGCCACGGCCAUGGCCAUGGGCACGGCCACGGUCACGGCCACGGCCACGACCACAGCCACAGCCACAGCCAUAGUGACCACGAUCAUGGACACAGUGAACAUCAUCAUAACACUGAUAAUCAUCACGAUCAUGAACAUGAUGACGAGCACCAUCAUUCUGAGGGAGCAGAUCUCACACGUCCACUGCUCACUGAAAAUGCAAGAAAGAACAAGCAACGAAAUAUCAACGUGCAGGGGGCUUAUCUUCAUGUACUCGGUGACCUCAUUCAAAGUAUUGGAGUUAUGAUAGGUGGAGCAGUUAUAUGGUACAAGCCAGAAUGGAAGAUUAUUGACUUGAUAUGCACCCUUGUAUUCUCAGUAAUUGUGCUGUGGACAACAAUCAAUAUGAUGCGCAACAUUUUGGAGGUUCUUAUGGAGAGCACUCCUAGAGAAAUUGAUGCCACAAAACUUGAGAGAGGUCUCUGUGAGAUGGAUGAGGUUGUGGCAGUUCAUGAACUACAUAUUUGGGCCAUUACUGUCGGGAAGGUGCUACUGGCUUGCCAUGUCAUUGUUAAGCCGGAUGCAGAUACUGACAUGGUACUAGAGAAGGUGAUAGACUAUAUCAAGAGGGAAUAUAACAUCACUCAUGUUACUAUUCAGAUAGAGCGUCAGUAGAUCUGGACUCGGAUGAUUUGUGUGCUCACUCCUGAGAGUUGUAAUUAGUUGGUUGGGUUUCUCUUAGACUGAAGUUCCAUCUAAUGCUUGAUUUCUACAUUACUUCAGUAUGCCUCAACUCUUAAUUCAUGCUCAGAUGAAAAGCAAUUCCAUCUCUCUAUGCUAUA